CCUACAAGUUAAAUGGGCCCUCCUGGACUGAACUGGAAAACUAACCACCAUGAAAAAUCUUAUUUCAAGGGAAAAAUGCACAAAAGGUGAAGACGGAGGCAUGGACAAUGGACUCCAACACAAAGAAGACUGAUAACCUCAGUCCCAAACCUGAAGAGGCUACAUCUGGAUGUAGUCUUACAUUGAACGAGCCUUCCUCAAUGAGAAGCCAAGAAGACGUGGUGAAAGUUACCUCUUAAGUUUUCGUGGAGAGAGACUCAAAUACAGAAAUAUCCCUCCUGACCUGAUCCUUACCCGAGCUGCAGCCGGAGAAGCCACUGACAGCUUCGAGACCAGGCCCGCCAUGUGCACCACCAGUGCAUGUGACCUGGAGGAGAUCCCCCUGGAUGAUGAUGACCCAAACAGCAUAGAAUUCAAAAUCUUGGCGUUCUAUGUCAAACAACAUGUCUUCAAGAACACCUCUACUGUCAUCUCACCAAAGCCGCUGAGAACAAGAAGUUUGUCCCAGAAAGUAGUGGCGAGUUGUUCAGAAAACGAUUCAUGGACACAGGUGCCGUGGCCUUGCAGAAAUUCCAAAUCCAGUGAGAAGACUAUAAACCUUGCCAAGAAAAAGUCUUCUUGGAGAACACUCUUUGGAGUCAUAGAGAAGGGGGAAGAUGCACAGAGCUCACCUACAGAGGUCUACGCUCAGGGUAGAGGAGUAGCGGAAUAUCAGGGUCCUCGCAGUCGGCAGUCAUCGAGGUCCCUUUCUAAUGUGGAACAGUCCUCAGAGAACGAAGCUGUGGAUCCCAAAGUUGUCUCCAUUGCCAACCGAGUUGCUGAAAUUGUUUAUUCCUGGCCGCCUCCAGAAGAACCCCGGAAGAAUGGAAGACGCGCCAAGCUUGACGGGUCUAUUAAACUGGGUUACCCCCCUCAGCCCGAGUGCUCCCAGUCUACAGCUGCAAGCGCCAAGAAAGAUGAAGAAGACCAAAACAUAGCCAAAAUCGUUGAGCUGCUGAAAUAUUCAGGGGAUCAGUUGCAAAGAGAGCUGGAGAGAGAGAAGGGUUUGAUGAACAGCUUCCAGGAUGGGCUGGCCUACUCUGAUUUCAAGACCAUUACCGACCAGUUCCUAAGGGGUGUGGACACCAGGGGAGAAUCCGAGGUCAAAGCUCAGAGCUUUAAGGCCGCUCUCGCGAUAGACGUCAUGGCCAAACUCACUGCCAUCGACAACCACCCCAUGAAUAGGGUGCUGGGCUUUGGAACCAAGUACCUGAAAGAGAACUUCUCACCCUGGGUCCAGCAGCAUGGUGGAUGGGAAAAAGUAUUUGGGAUAUCACAUGAAGAAUUAGACUGAAACAUCAGAAGAUUUGUAAUCUGGAAUACUCAUCGUCCAAUUGUGGUCCUGUGUACAUCAGUCUCAGCAUAGACCAAGGGAGAAAAUUAAAAUGCACAAGGCAGAUGGAGCAUUGAAGUGUUCAAACACAUUAUUCCUGUGAGUCAGGAGGCAUCAGGAGAUGCCUUGUUCGUCUCCAGCUCAUAGAAUGUAGUAGCAUGGUCCUUGACAUCCAUGUUUUUCAGGCCCUCCAUUGAGUGUGUGAGGAAGUCUAGAAGGACAAGUGGCAAUUUUCCUUUCAAAUGUUCAGGACAGAAACCAUCCUACUGCCCCUGCUAGCUGCUUUACAGAAAGUGUGUUACAGGUAUUGGCUGAUCUCAUAAGGGCGAAAUGACAAAUCGUGCAUGUGAUUACUCUUUGGUUUCUGGUACUAUUUAUUUUUUAAACUACACUUGGGAUGGCCUAAUAAUGACAUUGUUUCAAGCUUGCCUCUAGGAAGAUGUUGCUGUUCAUGUUAGUAGACAUAGCUCAAAGAGACUCUUGAAUUUACUACUGUAGACACUAGUUUAGGGAGAUACUGCCAUAUCUGCCUUUUUGACUCACUUCUCUGGGAAAAUUCUUUGGCAGUUUGAAAAACAUCCACUUGGGAAAAACAAUUACUCCUACCACCCACAACUCUCUCAGUGACCCCACCUCUACUUCUCAAGGUCUCUGGGAUUUUCUUUGUUAUUUCUUGAGGUAGUGUAAUAAUUAGUACCUGGUAAAAUAAAUAUGUGGAAAGACAACUUAUGAUGUGGAAAGAGAGAAUGUUUACAAGAGAAUGGUUAAAAUAAGUAAUAAGUAAUAGUACUAAGAUUUCUGUAAGGAUCAGAUGAGUUAAUUCAUCGAAAGUGCUUACAACAGUGGUUGGCAUUUGGCGCUCAGGGUUCACUUACAUUCACUAUUAGGCACUGCCCUCAGCUCAGCUGAAAAUUUCCUCUCCUCUCAAAGCAGUCACUGAUUGUUUUUCUGAAAUUGAUACUGUUCAGAAUGAGGUUUUCUAGUAAGUGAAAUACGUUACAUAGAAAAUGUUUAAGACACACAACAAUUUUAAAAAAUACUGUCAAAUUAUAGAGUCUUACAAAUUUCUGGAUCCCUAGCAUCCAGCAUGAAACCUGAUGAAAAAUGGAUGUUUAAUAACCUCUGAUGAAGGUUGAUAAACCUUUGAAUAAAUGGAUGAAUUAAUGAGACACACUUUCAGCUCUGAGGGAAAAUUGGACUUAUCUAUGAUCGCAUGUUUCACUACCCUACCCAUCUCAAUUAAAAUGAGUUAUUCUCUUUUACUUUCUUCCCCCACACUGAAAGGCAUAAAUGUUGGGGAUAAAGGAGUCUCUUUUUACGGAUGGAGACCAGACCACCUCUUCUUCCACUUUGACCCAACCAUUCCAAACUAUUUGCAUCCCCCAAAUGUAUUAUGCAAACUUGCACCUCUGAGCCUUCAUAACAGUAUUUUCUCCCCUUGGAUUGUUCUUGUCUUCUGCUCUUCUUCCCCUAUUUCCACUAAUGCAACUAACUCCAGCCCAUUUUUUACAAAUUUCCUCCUUCAUUUUCUCCGGAAGCAUUUGCUAACCCUCCCUUGGCCACCAUGGGGCUACAUUUGGAUGCCUUUCCUCAUAAUGACGCUCCGUAACACUCUGUAUAUAGAUAUUAUACUUAAUACAUAAGAAUACCAUAAGAACUAGUCUUUCACACUGGAUUGUGAACUCUUUUGUAAACAAGCAUUAUGUCUAAUUUAACUUGAACUUUGUAAACCUGAUACCUGGCGUAUUUUUAGUGUACAACUGUAGAGUCAUACCCUCGCCUCACUGCUAUACUCUGUAAAUCAGUAAGACUGGAGUAUGGCUCAAGUUGCAUACUGUUUUAACAAGCUCUCCAAGUGUUCCAAUAUCAUCUGUAGUUUCCAGCCAAGAUGAAGUAAUAGUGACUGAAUUUAAUCUUCUACUUAAAACAACUGAAAAAAUGGAUAAAAUGUAUGAAGAACAGUUUUCAAGAUGUUGUGCAUCAGGUAAUAAAGGACUGGUCCCUGAGAGAUGAGAAACAAAGUGAGCCCUGACUGCCCUGGAGUAGUGCAGGUAGUUUCCAGGCUGUGUUGGAAGGAGGAGAACUCAUGCAGGUCUCAGCAGUCUCCCUGAAGAGAGAAGAUAGAGCCCAGAAGUCCAGGAAGGCUAAGGCAGCUAAAGUUUGCAAGUCAAAUAAUGGAGAGAAGAGAAUGGCACACAAAGCUCCAGAGGUCAGAAGACAGGUCCCCUCAAGUUUUCAGAUGAAUACUGAUCAAUACAUGCAUGUGAAGACAUUACCGAAGGCUUGUGAAAGAACCACCUGAAAAUAUUAAGGGGAACAUUUUCCAAAACUCACAAUGGGCUGAGAGUAGUGCCUAUUUCCACUAGUAAGAAUGGAAAAAUUUCAAAAUUUGCAUGGCAAUAGGUAGAAUACUCCAAAGAAUUUUGCCUCAGUAGUGGGAAAAAAAUUAGCUCUAGACUAAACAUUCUUCUGAUUCUGCCCAACAAAGAUAAAGAGCAAGAACCAAAAGGAUUAAACUGUUAUCAAGUAACAUAGGUAUGUUCCAAAACAAAGCUCAAGAAUCUUUAUAGGAUCACAAAAAUAUCCAACAUCCAACAAGGUAACAGUCACAAUGUCUGGCAUCCAAUCAAAAAUUACAAGGCAUGUAAAGAAGCAGGAAAAUGAGACCCAUAAUGUGGAGAAAAAUCAAGAAAAACCACCUCAGAAAUGAUACAGCCAAUAGAAUUACUAGACAAGCACAUUAAAACUAUUAUAAUUGUAUUCCGUCUGCUCAAUAAGCCAAAGGAAAGACUGAACAGGUCAAGUACACAUAGAAAUUAUAAAUAUGACUCAAAUCAAACUUCUAGAGAAGAAAUCUAUAAUUCUGAGAUGAAAAAUACACUGAGAUGUUGUAGAAGAAUAGAUAGGUAAACUUGAAGACAGAGAAAUAGAUCCAAAAUAUAACACAGAGAAAUGAGACUGGGGAGAAAACAACAGAGCAACAGUGAAUUGUGGGAUGACUUUUACUGGCUUAUUAUGUGUAAUUGGAGUGAAGAUUUUCCAAAUUUGAUGACAAUUAUAAAUUCACAGAACCAAGAAAUUUAAUGAACCCAAGCACAGAAAACAUGUAGAAAAUUACACUAAGCCACAUCAUAAAUUGCUCAAAGCCAGUGAUAAAGAAAAAAAAUCUUAAAAGUAGCCAGAGAAAAAGGCAUAUUACAUAGAGAGAAACAAAAAAAUGAAAGAAAACCUUUCUUGGGAAACAACACAAGAAAGAAGAAAGUGGAGUAACACCUUUAAAGUAUCAAAAGAAAAAAACCUUUCAACAAAGAAUUCUAUAACCAACAAAAAGAUAUUCAAAAAAGGAAGGGGAAAUAAAGACUUUUUGAGAUGUGCAAAAGCUAAAAGAAUUCCUCACCAGCAGAAUUGAGCUAGAAAAAAUGUUAAAGGAAGUCCUUUAAGCAGAGAGAAAAUCAUAACAAAUAGACCUACAGAAAAGAAAAAGCACUGGAAAUGAUAAAUAUGUGAGUAAAUAUAAAAGGCUCUUUUUUGUAUUUAAAUCUCUUUAAAAGAUAAUGGGCCAUUUAAAGGAGAAAUAAUAACGUGUUGUGGUAUUGUGGGGAUUAUAACAGGUAGAAUAGAAUGUAUCAGAAUAAUAGUACAAAGGCUGAGAAGAGAGAGAUGGAAGCAUAAUUAGAAGGUUCACUAUAUGUGAAGUGCAUAAUUUCAAUUGAAAGUAGACUGUGGUAAAAUGUAUACUAUAAAUCUAAAAAACCACUAAAACAUAUACACACACACACAUUCACACAAGAUUACAACUAAUUAGUCAACAAAGGUGAUAAAAUGGAAUCAUAAAAAAUAGCCCCCCCCCAAAAAAAAAAUGGAAAAGGAGAACAAAAGACAGACAAGAUGGAAAGAAAGCAAAUAGUAGGUUUGUAUAUUAAACCAGACCAUACCAAUAAUCACAACAAAUGAAAAUGGUCCAAACAUCCCAAUUAAAAGGCAGAGAUUACUGGAUUAGAUUAAAAAAAAAAAAAAAACCACACGGAGGCAUAUGCAGUCUACAAAAAACCACUUUAAAUAUAAAGACAUGAUUAUGUUAAAAGUCAAAGGAUAGAAAAA